AUGUUUAAGCCAUCUUCAAAGAAUCCAAAAGUUGGAAAAGUAUCUUGUUCUUUUAUUUGGUUCAAUGAAUCCAACGAGAAGCAUGAUGCAGACAUGACCCAUGAAACCGACAAAUAUUUCACAGUUGAAGAAUUUAAGCGAGUGGCUCUAUUAUUAAGCCAAAACAAUUCCAACACAGGAAAAGUCAAUGACCUAUUUCUGACCAUAUUCAGUGGCGUCAUUGAUCGAUACAGGUUGAAAAUGAGCUCAGAUCGUGAACCUCGGAAUAAUCUUUCCAGAGAGUACAUUCUGAAAUCGUGUACCUCUCGUUUGGGAAUGGGUGUGAACAUUCGAACGAGCAAGUCCAGAGAAGAAGCUGGCAAUAUUGUGGGAGUGUUGUUUGGAACAUUGCCUUUCGAUAUUCACUUAAAACUUCGAGAACGUUUUUCGAUCAUUCACAAGUAUAUGAAUUUAGCCAAAUUCUUGCCACAACCUUAUUUCAACAGAUAUUUAUUAUGGUUAGCCACUGCCUUAUUACCCAAAUCCUUAGCCGUGUCACUACUCAAUUGGGGAGCAUCCUCUUCUACUUUCACCAUUUCUAAUGUUCAAGGACUUCAUUCUCCUGAAGACGAAAUAUCAUUCAAGUUGCUUGGUCAUGACUUGAUUCAGGGAGUUGGAUUCAUUCCUCUCGUUAAACCCAUUGGAGUGAAUAGCACAUUGAUGUCUUUUAAUGGACGAGUUGGUAUUUCAGUUGUGUGUGACAAGGGUAUUAUUCCAAAUGCUCAUGAAGUGACAGACUGUAUUCGAGAAGAAUAUCUUGCUAUUAGAAAAGAACUGGGUAUAUGA